AUGACUUUAGCACUUGAUGUAAAGCCACCAGACUGUUGGCUCCGACUUACAUUCUCUGUGAACGCUCGUCCAAAGCUGAUCAAUAAGGCUUCCUUAAGGGAUGGGGUUUAUGGCAAUGCUCUAUGCGUGGCUUGUGCCUUGACCACCGUUUCUGAGCUUGUUGAUGGGCGUCUGUUAGACGCGACAAGGCCAAGUAGGCUAGAGUUUGAUGCCAAACUAUCAAUAACUCAAUGGACUAGAUUUUCAAUUUAUGAAUUCGCCGAUUUUGUUGGGGGAAGGCCAGUUAGUUUACGCGGUCCCAUUGAUUUAACACCCACUCCUCAAAUCUGCAUAUUCUUACCAGAGGGCGACCAAACCACUUCUUGUGGUGUCGAUGUUGGUUUGCAUUAG